CGAAAGGAGGAAGCUCAGUAGUGCAGCCCGAGAGAGGUCAAGGCUUCGGCCUUCCUCCGUGUUGAUCCCACUCCUCUGACCCCCUGCCCACCCGGAGAUGCAGAAGACAGCGCUAGAACCCCAAAAGGGCUUCUCCUUCGAAAACUGCGAGAGAAACGCAGCCUUGGAACGCUCCCUCCCGGGGCUCCGUGUCCCUCAUGCACGCAAGACCGGAACCACCAUCGCAGGCCUUGUGUUCCGAGACGGGGUCAUCCUGGGCGCGGAUACGCGGGCCACUAACGAUUCGAUCGUGGCGUACCAGAGCUGCGAAAAGAUCCACUUCAUCGCCCCUAAAAUCUACUGCUGUGGGGCUGGAGUAGCCGCGGACGCAGAGAUGACCACGCGGAUGGCGGCGUCUAACAUGGAGCUACACGCGCUGUCCACAGGCCGCGAGCCCCGCGUGGCCACGGUCACCCGCGCUUUGCGCCAGACGCUCUUCCGGUACCGGGGGUAUGUGGGCGCCUCGCUGAUUGUGGGCGGCGUAGACGUCACCGGACCGCAGCUCUACUGCGUGCACCCCCACGGCUCCUACAGCCGUCUGCCCUUCACGGCCCAGGGCUCCGGCCAGGAUGCGGCCCUGGCAGUGCUGGAGGACCGGUUCCAGCCGAACAUGACGCUGGAGGCAGCGCGGGAGCUGCUGGUGGAAGCCAUCACUGCAGGGAUCCUGGGUGACUUGGGCUCUGGGGGCAGUGUGGAUGCAUGUGUGAUCACUGGGACCAGCGCCAAGCUGCUGCGAACACUGAGCUCUCCCACAGAGCCUAUAGAGAGGUCCAGACAGUACCGCUUUGCCCCUGGGACCACAGCUGUCCUGUCAGAGACAGUGAUGCCGCUGACCCUGGAGCUGCUGGAGGAAACUGUGCAGGCCAUGGAUGUGGAGUGAAGUAGGCUGAGGCUUAGAGCUUGGAACAAGGAGGAAUAAACCCAGAAAACACAAA